AUGUCAAACCAACCAACCCGUACAUUGUUCCGUUUACCUACCCUGGUCCGCCCCCAAGCCCCGGCUGCCACUGCCCCUGCUGUUCCGGAGCCACGCCCACAAUUAGUUCGGCCUGCGUUCAGGCCAUUGGCCCCGUCUCAGCCAACUCAAUCUCAAGAACCCGCCCCACCACCAUCUACUGCUGCUCGUCCGGUAAUCCCAGCGGUUUCCUUGCCGCCGCCGCCACCACCAGCACCACCUUCCACUGCAGCCCCAGUUCCAGCUGCCACUACUCGCUCAGUUCCAUCUUCUCCAACUGGGAGAGUCUCCGCUCCAUCUGCAUCAGUGCCUGUGAUCAAACCGGCAUCUUCAGUGCCAUCAUCACCUAAAGCCAAAGUUGCUGCUCCUUCCUCCUCAGUUCCAACCUCUCCAGUUGAUAAAGCACCACUGCAAGCACAGACUAUCUCCUCCACCAGAUCUGUAAUUCCAAGCACUACCACCACCACUGCUCGUGUGCCAACCCCUAUCCCACCUUCCCAAACCAUUAACCCUGUGGUUCAAACCACACCCAAGUCACCAAAGCCCAGGCCCACUGCCCCACCACCCUCUCCUCUAAUCCUUCCGCCUUCCCAAUUGAAGUCCGGGGUCGAGUCUGAGCAGAACAUCCCAAUGCCGCCAGUCGAGCAGAAAAAUGUGCUGUUCCAAAAGACCAUCGAGAAGCCUAAGCCGUGGCUUGGUGGGAAUGGGGAUUCGCGGAGGGAAAAUGGUGAGGAAGCGUCGAAAGAAGUUCAGACCAAGGAGAUAAAGGAGAAAAGUAACGGGAAAAAGAAUUGGGAUUCAGAAGAGAUGGGUAUGAGGGUUAUAACAAUUGCUGGCGAAAACAAAGGCGCCUUCAUGGAACUCAUUCGAUCUCCAAAGAAACAUGAAGCUGUUGCUUACAAAAAAGGGAAUCAUAAAACGCAAAGCAAUGCAAGUCAGUCGGAAAUCACUAGUGGUAGCGAUAAGGAGGGGAAUCCAGAAAAGGAAAAGGGUCAAAAUGGAAAAGAAACAGGUUCAAAGCCUAUUAGUGCAUUCAUGAACAGCAAUGUGCAGAGUGUCAACAACUCCCUCAUCUACAAUAGUUCAUGCACUCAUCAUGACCCUGGGGUGCACCUUUCUCUCUCUAGGAAGCACUCCGCCGAGACCUACGUAAAGGAUCGCGUUAAUGGCAAUCAUACUUAG